AUGGAGAGUGAAAAGGCUACACGAUCGAUGAUCCAAGAGUUGACGACGGCGAUGGAUUCACGGUUCUCCGAAUUGUACGACCUACUUCAGAAAAGUUCUGCAAGUUCACCACAGGUCAUGGAGUUCUCAAAUCCGAACUACAAGAAGCUUACCCCAAAGGUAUGCCCUUCGGACUUGGAACCAUGCCUUACUUACAAAGCGGAUGAUUCUCGAUUUCGAAAUUCAAUUGUGGGUACUCGAGAGAAUAUGUUGAAACGCGUGGAAUUACCGGUUUUCUCCGGAGAAGAUGCUUAUGGUUGGAUUGCUCUGGCUGAACGGUUUUUCAGAAUUGGAGGUUAUAGUGAGGAAGAUAAACUAGAAGUGGUUUCGAUCAGUUUAUGUGGUGAUGGUGAUGUCUUAAGCUGGUUCAACAGUGAAAUGCAUCGGAAACCUUUUCUUAGUUGGCAGGACUUCACCGAUCGUCUGAUUGCACGUUUCAGUCGUGAGAAGUUACGAGAUCCAAGUCAACGGUUCUUCAAUGUUACACAAACUGGUUCAGUUUCUGAAUAUAUUCACAUGUUUGAAGAUCUCUCUACUCAAGCUUCGGGAUUGUCGGAUAAGCAAAUGGAAGGUAUUUUUAUGAAUGGGUUGACUCCUGACAUGAGAGAAGUAGUUAACAUGUGUAAGCCAGUGGACUUAGCAGAGAUGAUUUCUUGUGCUUAUCAAAUGGAGACAAGCUCUUUAUACCGUGUUGUUCAAAGGGAGAGGCAGCAGAAUAGCAAAUCUUCAGUUCACCAUCCUGCUUCCAAGUCUUACUCCAGUCAGACAGUGCCUCCUUGGAAGAUGAAACAACUACAGCAAAGUCCUGCUCUUGCGCAAUCUAGACCGCAAAUCAAAUUAACGGAAGCUGAAAUUGCAGAGAAGAAGAGAUUGGGUCUGUGCUUCAAGUGUCCUGAAAAGUGGUCUAGAACACAUCUCUGCCCAAACAAAUCUCUCCAGGUUCUCACGGUGGUUAAUGGUUUUGACAUGAAGAUUCUUGAUCAAAACUUAAUUGACGUGACAGAGGACUAUCAUGUGGAAGAACCAGCACUGCUCAUGGAAUUAUCCUUAAACUCUUUCUUAGGGAUAGAUUCUCCUAUUACAACAAAAAUGACAGGUUUGGUUAAGAAGAAUCAAGUAGUAGUUAUGUUAGACAGUGGUGCUACACACAAUUUCAUCACCCCAGAGAUGAUUAAGCGAGCACAAUUGAAGACAAUGGUGAAUCCAAAUUUGGAGAUUAUGUUAGGAACAAGCGUUUCAGUUCAUGGGACAGGCAUUUGUCAAAAUGUGCAAUUGUUGUUGCAGGGAUUGACAUUUACUGCAUACUUUAUAGUCUUAGAUCUGGGAAGUGCUUAUAUUAUCUUGGGAGUUCAAUGGUUACGGACUUUGGGCAAACGUCAGAUUGAUUGGGAUAAACAUGAAUACUCUUUCAUGUAUCAAGGGAAGCAAGUGACAUUGAAAGGAGACCCAUCAUUACACACGCCAAAACUCUCAUUCAAGUAUUUACAACCUGAGUUUGUAGAGAAGAAACAAAGAGCAGCUUUGUCAUUAAGCAACACACAAAUCUCUCCACAGCAAGAACCUGUUCUGGCUCCUCCAAUCGCUGCAGUUGUUGAAAAAUAUGCCCAUGUCUUUCAACCCCCUUCAAGCUUACCACCUAUUCGAGGCAGAGAACAUGCUAUUAACUUACAUUCAGGGAUGGGACCCAUCAGUGUCAGGACUUACCGGUACCCUCACGCUCACAAAGAAGCUAUGGAGAAGUUAGUGCAAGAAAUGUUACGUGAUGGUUUGAUUAGACCAAGCCAUAGUCCAUACUCCAGCCCUGUCUUACUAGUGACGAAGAAGGACAAUUCUUGGCGUUUUUGUGUUGAAUAUCGAGCUCUCAAUCGGGCCACUGUACCUGAUAAAUACCCAAUUCCGAUGAUUGAUCAAUUACUUGAUGAGCUGCAUGGAGCAAAGUUGUUUUCAAAACUGGAUUUGAGAUCAGGCUAUCACCAAAUUCGUAUGGAGGAAAGAGAUAUCGAGAAAACUGCUUUUAGGACUCAUGAUAGUCACUACGAGUUCUUAGUUAUGCCAUUUGGGCUAACUAACGCUCCGGCAACCUUUCAGGCGUUAAUGAAUGAAGUGUUCAAGGCGUUUUUAAGGAAGUUUGUUCUGAUUUUUUUUGAUGAUAUUCUGAUAUACAGUUCCAAUAUCACAGAUCAUGUCAGACAUCUAGAGAUGGUUUUGGAGGUCUUUGUGGAACAGAAACUUUUUGCUAACAAGAAGAAGUGCACUUUUGGUCAAAAGAGAGUGGAAUAUCUGGGUCACAUAAUUUCACCUAAAGGAGUUUCUACAAACCCGCAGAAGAUCAAGGCAGUGGAGAAUUGGCCAACUCCUAGAACGUUUAAGGAGCUCAGAGGUUUUCUUGGUUUAACUGGAUACUAUCGGCGUUUUGUACAACAUUAUGGGCUAUUGGCUAAACCCUUGACUGAGUUACUGAAGAAAGAGCAGUUUGAAUGGUGUACAAAAGCACAAGUGGCUUUUGAUGAGCUUAAACAGGGUAUGACUUCCGCACCUGUUCUGGCUUUACCUGAUUUUACACAACUGUUCGUCGUUGAGUCUGAUGCCUCUGGUUAUGGUCUUGGUGCUGUGUUGAUGCAAGGAAAACACCCAAUUGCUUACUUUAGUCGUGGGUUAACUGGUAAAGAGCAACUCAAACCCAUAUAUGAGCACGAGUUAAUGGCCAUAGUCUUAGCUAUUCAAAAAUGGAGACACUAUCUGCUAGGUCGAAGGUUUGUGGUGCGAACGGAUCAGCAGAGUUUGAAAUAUUUAUUGGAGCAGCGUGAAGUGACUUUGGACUAUCAACGUUGGUUGACUCGAAUCAUGGGUUAUGACUUUGAUAUUGAGUACAAGGUUGGCAGCGAGAACAAGGUGGCAGAUGGUCUUUCUCGUAUUGUGCAUCCUACUACCACACUACUUAUGUCUUUGACGAUUCCAACAUCUCUUCAAAUACAUGAUUUGUUCAAGGAAGUGGAUGAGAGUGAAGAGAUACAGAAAAUAAUUCGAAAACUUGCUGCAGGAGAAACAGUUAAACCGGGUUAUGGGGUGGUAGAUGGGAGACUCUUUUACAAUAGGCGCCUAGUCCUUCCUCAGAAUUCAGCAUAUAUUCAACUCAUUCUUCAAGAAUAUCAUGAUAGUUUAUUGGGUGGUCACUCUGGUAUCCUGAAAACUAUGAAACGGAUUCAAGCUAAUUUCUAUUGGCGAAAGAUGCGCAAGUGUGUACAAAGGUACGUCUCUGAGUGUCCUGUUUGUCAAACUCAUAAAUAUUCGACACUCUCUCCAGCUGGGUUGUUGCAACCAAUAGAGAUACCUGUACGAAUUUGGGAGGAUAUCUCUAUGGAUUUUAUUGAAGGGCUUCCUAAAUCUCAGGGCUUUGAUGUUAUUUUUGUGGUGGUGGAUAGAUUGAGCAAAUACAGUCAUUUCAUUGGUUUGAAACACCCUUUUACAGCCCUUGCUGUAGCUCAGAAGUUUGUUCAAGAGGUCAUUCGCUUUCAUGGUUACCCGAGAUCCAUUAUUUCUGACCGUGACAAAAUUUUCUUAAGCAACUUUUGGAAAGAAUGUUUCAAGGCUUCUGGUACAAGGUUACGGUUUAGUACCGCAUUUCAUCCUCAAUCAGAUGGACAGACAGAAGUUUUAAAUCGAUGUUUGGAGACAUUUCUUAGAUGUUUUGCUUCUCAACAUCCUAAGGCGUGGGCUAAAUAUCUCUCAUGGGCUGAGUUAUGGUAUAAUUCAUCUUUCCACACUUCUAUUCAAUGUACUCCAUUUAAGAUGGUAUAUGGUCGAGACCCACCAGCGUUGUUGUCAUAUGAACUUGGCUCUUCUUCUAAUUUUGAGUUGGAAACUAUGCUAAAAGAACGAGAUGCAAUGUUGGCUGAAGUAAAACAUCAUUUGAUUAAGGCUCAGAGUAUUAUGAAGAAUAAUGCAGAUAAACAUCACAGAGACUUGGAGUUUGAGGUGGGAACAAUGGUGUAUUUGAAGCUCAGACCAUAUCGCCAACACUCAGUUAGCCGGCGGUUUUGUCAAAAGCUAGCAGCUCGUUAUUAUGGCCCUUUUGAACUAUUAGCUCGCAUUGGGAAGGUAGCUUAUCGCUUGCGUCUUCCACCAGAUUCUCGGAUCCAUCCUGUCUUUCAUGUUUCACAGUUGAAGCCGGUACUUGGUCAAGGACAAGUAGUUAAUCCUCUUCCACCUUCUGUUGCAACACUUGAUGAGUUAGUUGUUGAACCGGAGGAGUUGUUAGACACACGAUAUGAUUCAGAAGGACAUUUGGAGGUUUUGGUUCAAUGGACAGGCCUUCCUGCUCAUGAAAAUUCUUGGUUGCGAAUUCAAGAUCUUAAACAUCAGUUUCCAGAGUUUGCGCUUGAGGACAAGCUUGUGCUCAAGAAGGGGGUAUUGAUAUGGCUUGGAGGUCCUAUGUUUGUAAAAGGAAAAAGCAGAAAGAGGCAGUGA